CCUUUUUCUGGAGUUUCUCAAAGCUCUGGUGUCUUUUCCAGAUGACCAAAAAAGGAGAAACAACGGUGGACAAAAAGGGCCGCCGCCACGUGCAGCCAAUCCGCUGCACGAACUGCGCCUGGUGCGUGCCCAAAGACAAGGCCCUUAAGAAGUUCGUCAUUCUGAACAUCGUAGAGGCCGCUGCUGUCAGGGACAUAUCCGAAGCAAGUGUCUUCGACGCGUCUGUGCUUCCCAAGCUCUACGUCAAGCUGCACUACUGCGUGAGCUGUGCUGCUUUUCAUAGCAAGGUAGUCAGGAAUCGAUCCCGGGAAGCCCGCAAGGACCGCACACCCCCACCACGAUUUAGAUCUGCUGGUGCUGAUCCACGACCUCCACCAAAGCCCAUGUAAAGAGAUGGCUUCAUAAAGACAGAAGGAAAAACACCUUAGAAAAAUAAAAUGGGACUUACACUUUU